GACAAAUGGUGACGUUCUCUGUUAGUCGAUGGAAGCAGGUUGUUGGUUGACUAGCACCCGCUAACGUUACCACUCGACGAAUAUCCCAUGUUGGCUAAGUUUAGCGGUAACAGCGGCUCCGUGUGUGCUGUGUGUACCGUACAACAGAGAAUGCAUUUAGGAAGAAGACCCUGACGUAUUGUACACGGACGGCGAUAAUGUCUUUCCCGGCCGGAGAGGGGUGAAAAUGAUGAUAUGGCGAAUUGUGUCACUGUGGCUGUCUGUUUUUCUAGUGUUUGGGUACCCGAGCUGCUAUGUUGGUUGCACAGAAGCAGAGCAGGAGGUCCAAAGCCCUGUACCUUCACAGGACGUCACUUUUGAGGAAGAGACAGGAGAACGUACACCUCCUCUGCACAAGGAGGAUGGAUGUGUGGCUUCGCUCCUCCCUCCGUCCUUGUCUACAAAUGAGCAGUCGCAUACGGACGACCAAAAAGAGGACCAGACUACACAAGCAGUGGACAAAAAGGAGACGGGUUCAGAGGCUUUUAAUUUGGAGCCCACUGUAGAUGCAGUGUCAGAGGUCAACAAUGGAAUUUCACACCAAGAGACGGAACCUGAGCAAAGCACAAACCCUGACGUAUCCACUGCUCAAGACCCCGAAUCAGUCAUCCUCAUUACAUCUUCUGAUGCGGUCUCUACGUCCACACCCGAGGAAAAUGACAGCCCCGCCGUUAUUAAUUCUGAAGACGACAUUACACUCAGUGUUUCAGACGAUUCAUCUGAUGAAGCGCAUCACGAGGUCCUUGACUCUGUCUUGCCUCCUGCUGUGUGUGAAGAAGAAUCAAACCCCUAUGAUCAUGAAAGACUUCCUCCGGUGGUCCUGGAAAACUUGUCAAACGCUCACACGGCUGGUACCAAAACUCACACAGACCCUUCUGCGGGUUCCCAGGCAGGUCAGCAUCUGGAUGGGAACAUGUCACACUCCCUGAAAGAGCAAGCCCAGGGUGCUGUCGUCACCAUGGACACAGAUCCCAGUGCAACCAGCAAAGACCCAGAGGAAAUUCCGACAUUUGAUGAGUGGAAGCGAGAAGUGAUGGAGAAAGAAAAAACUCAGUCUACACACACUUCUACGAACGGGGCUUCCAAUGUAGUGAAGAAGGUCCAAAAAAACUUCAAUAACUAUGCUUCUGUGGAGUGUGGAGCCAAGAUCCUUGGGGCUAACCCAGAAGCUAAGAGCACCUCAGCCAUACUGAAGGAGAAUAUGGACUUGUACAUGCUAAAUCCCUGCAGUCAUAAAAUCUGGUUCAUCAUUGAGCUCUGUGAGCCCGUUCAGGUGAAGCAGUUGGACAUUGCAAAUUUUGAACUCUUUUCUUCCACACCCAAGGACUUUCUUGUGUCCAUCAGUGACCGGUACCCAACCAACAAAUGGCUGAAGUUGGGAACCUUCCAUGCCCGGGAUGAACGCACCGUCCAGAGCUUUCCAUUGGAUGAACAUCUUUAUGCUAAAUAUGUCAAAAUGUUCACCAAAUACAUCAAGGUCGAACUGCUUUCUCACUUUGGAUCGGAACAUUUCUGUCCCCUCAGUCUCAUUAGAGUGUUUGGGACCAGCAUGGUGGAAGAGUAUGAAGAAAUAGCUGAGCCUUCUGAAAGACCGGACGAUCAGGAUGAUGACUUGGAUUAUCCAUCGGGAUAUGGACCUGGUGAAGUCAAAUACUCCAAGAAUCUCAUUGGCUCAGCCAAGGAUGUCAUUUUGAACAUGGUCAAUAAUAUUGCUGUGAAUGUUCUCGGUGGCAAUUCAGAGAUGCAAGGAAACAUUUCAUCCCCGGAUGGGAGUGUGGCUGAGCGUGAUGUGAGCGAAUCGACGACUGAAACUCCCGUCACGGACGCAACCACCGUUUUAGAGUUGGAAGAGGCAACAAUGUCUCCAGAUAUAGUUAUCACUCAAACUGUUGCCCCGUCGUCGGCCUCAACUGCUGUCCCAGAGCUUCUUACAGCCAAUAUUAGCGAACAGCUGCCUCCCCCAGUGGAGGAACAGAUUGUCAUUCCUUUAGAGCCAGAGGAAGAGGAAUCUAUCAGCUCCACAAUCACCCUUUUGGAUAAGGAGGACGAGUUCGACGACGAGAGGGAGAAAGUGGAUGCUCAUGAACCGCAAAAUGUCUGCGCAGCUCUUGCUGUGUUUUCUUCUUGCUCAUGCGCAGCCUCCCUCCAGGAGUACCUGCAGCGGCAAUGUUUGGUUGCACUCUUCAAAAAAAGAAAAUGCCAAUCUAUGGAUGGAAAGCAAACUGCUCCCGCCACUCAAACCCCCGCUUGGCCACCACCUCCGCUCCCGUCCGCCUGCCCUGAACCCAAGCAGCAUCACGGUGAGCUGAACGAGCCCCAUGAAAAAGAACAAGCUCCCGCGACGGAGCCAGAAAGAGAAGCCAGCCUGUCAGAAGCUCCACAGCCUCCAGAGAACACUAACGUAGAAUCUCAUUAUGACUCGAUGUCCAAGCCUCCUCUGCUGGAGCCCAGUCAAACCCCGAGCCCCCCUAAACCCAGUGCCACCGAUUCAUCUGCUGCCAGCUCCACUGUUGUUGAAACACCACCGAUUUCUUCUGAGACGCUAAGCUCAGACGAGAGCCAGGACAUUUUGGCUGCGGACGAGCAUACAGAGGUUUCACUACCUCUCAGUAGCUCAGUCAUCAGUCCCACAGUGGCUGAUGAAAACGCAGCACCAGUCGAACUGAAGCCUGACAUUGUGGUAAAUGACUCCAUCGCAUACCCUAACGUGACAGGUGAGUCUCAGGCUGCCUCUCCCCUCGUAGAGCACCAACCAGACCCAGAAGUCGUUCCUGACAGUGACACCGCUCCCACUGAGCCUUCCCUAGCUCCCACACACACACUCGCAGAACUAGAGCCCCCUAGUGGUGCUGCAGAAUCCAAAACUGAGGACCUCCUGGAAGAUGUCGCCGCCCAUGGUCUCCCGCCGUUACCCUCGCCGUCCCCCUCACCGUCUCUCUCGGACAUCUACGCAGAUCCUCCAAAUGGCACAGAGCAGAAUGGGAACCCGGUGCACGGUUCCAGCCAGAAAGAGUCUGUGUUCAUGCGACUCAACAACCGCAUCAAGGCUCUGGAGAUGAAUAUGUCGCUCAGUGGACGCUAUCUGGAGCAGCUCAGCCAGAGAUAUCGUAAGCAAAUGGAGGAGAUGCAAAAGGCUUUCAACAAAACCAUAAUUAAACUCCAGAACACCUCCAGAAUUGCGGAGGAGCAGGACCAGCGUCAGACUGAGUCCAUUCAGUUGCUGCAAGCCCAGCUGGAGAACAUGACUCAGAUGGUUCUCAACCUGUCUGUUAAAGUCAGCCAGCUGCAGAGCGAGGUGUCCGACAGGCAGAACUACCUGCUGGUGUGUCUGCUCCUGAGUCUGUGUUUUGCCCUGGCGCUGUUUGCCAACCGCUGCCGCAUCUCUAUUACACCUCCACAUGCAGACCCAGAGCCACCCGCAGCAAAGAACUACACCUCCUGCUGUCCUGAAAGGCAUUUCACUUCCUGUGAUGACUCUGGUUUGAAGAGGAGUGCAUCCUACCCACUCAUUAACUCAUUCCAGGUGGUCCCCACCAAAGAUCCAGAAAGUCUCCACCCCGAGGAGAGUCAAGCAAACAAAAAGCAGAAGAGGCGACGUAAGAUGAAAUCCAUCGAGGAAGUGGAAACUCUGACAUCCUGUCUUUCUGCCCCACUCUCAUGCAAUGGAGCCGCUCUAUGCAACGGUGUGCCUGUCACAACAAACCCUGCAGCCAUGACAAGAAGGCUGUUUCCACCCUGCUUCAGACACUCUCCAUCAGAGGGCAGCUCGGAGACAUCCUCCCACUCAGACGACCCGUCCUUCUGUGGAAUCACCACAGCUUGCUCUCGGAUCUGUGAAGGUCUGACUCCGCCUAAGACCCGAGCAGAGAAAAGGACAUUAAGACGCAGGCGUCCGAAGCCCACCUGUGCAGUGGUGGACUUCCUUCAGGCCCCGCACAGUGAGAAAAGCAAAACAUUCUCUAUCUCCGCUACACAGGACAUCAUGAACAGGAAAUCGGAGCAAAGCUCUGUGACAUUUGGGCGAAAUAUCCCCAUCUCAGGUCCUGUCUAACGUAAAAAAUCUACAUCAAGAAAGCAAGUUUGCACGUAUGACUAGACUCUUUGAAAAACGGCACCAAUGAUGAUCAAUCCCAUUGCAACGAUGUGUGACAAUCCCAUCACUUGUAUUGUUUUUUUGUUGUUGUUGCCAUUGUAAGACAUUUAUAUUUGUUGUGUGUCUUUCCAGCUUGCAAUUAAAACGCCGCAAUUGUUUGGAUAAA